UCAGAUGGUGAAAUGAAGAAAGAUGGCCGGAAUUAUACAAAGCGUAUUUUCUAAGGGUAUUUACACACUGAAAGCGCCGGAAGCUGUAAACAAGUUUAAAUCUCUAGCUUCACACGUGGGAUUAUACGUUGGUAUAGUCGUUUAUACAGCGAUAGGAGCAAAGAUAUUUCAGACUAUAGAGCAUCCUUAUGAGAGAGACACGCUUGAAACAUAUCAGGCGUUGUUAAUCACAAAACGAGUUUUAUUUCUGUCAGCUCUUCAGAACAUAACUUCAGAUAAAACAGAUCAAUCCUUUCAGGAUUUAGACACAGCGUUGACUGAAUAUGAAGAAAUAUGCAGCCAAGCUUCAGAUGCAGGGGUGGAUAUUGUGAGUAAAGAGUUCAGUUUCAAUUGGGACUAUAUACAAUCCGUCUUCUUCUCUCUAACUAUACUAACUACAAUAGGAUAUGGUAAUUUUGCUGCGGUGACAAGAGGAGGGAGAAUUUUCUGUUUAUUAUUUGGAAUUAUUGGAAUUCCAUUCAUGCUCUCAGUAUUAGCAGAUGUUGGCUCUAUACUAGCUGGUGCUCUGGAAUUGGCUUGGACCAAAAACAAGGAAAGACUGACAAGGCUGGCAGAAAAACUUCAUAUCGUUAGCAAAAAAAAAGAAGGAGAAGAAGAAGAUGAAAUGGAAAGUGUAAGCCUGGAAGCAAGCCUGUUAAAAGCUCUUGGUGCUUUAAUGCUGUUAGUUCUAUUUCUAGCAGCUGGUGCUCUUCUCUUCACUAUUUGGGAGGAUUGGACGUUUUUUGACGCGUUUUACUUCUGUUUCGUUACAAUGACAACAAUAGGAUUCGGAGACAUGACACCAAGUAUUUCGGGAGAUGGGCACGGAGCAGAAAAGACGACCUAUAUGCUGGUAUGUACUGUAUAUAUUCUUGUUGGGCUGGCAUUCACUUCUACAAUCAUCGAACUUGUCAGACGGCAGUACACGGAGAGCUGGAGGAAAAUGCAGGAGCUCAGAGCUAACAUUCAGGCCCAGCUAAAGCUUGCAGAUACACUCAAGAAACUAAGUGAGACUGCAGAAAAGAACAAUAUGGAUAUUGGAAUGAGUAUUGCGGAUGAUUUGGAGCAACUCAAAAAUAAUCUAAAUAAGUUUAAAAACUCAAAGCACGCCGCGGCCUUUGGAGACGUGGACAUCCAGACCCUGGACUGGGUUGAGGACAACAAGAAGGUGAAGGCCUUCUUCAUCUACGAGUCCUCUGUCUGAUGUUCCUGCUUUUUCUCAAUCAAUCAAUCCAAUACAUCAGUCAGCCAA